UUAAGUGGAAUAUUUCAGGAAGACCCUGCUCCAGUCCUUCUCUUUCUAUCAGCAUGUUUUGAUUUACUUUUCUUGGACAAAAGGACCCAGGAAGUAUUUUUAAAAUUGUCAGUCAGUCAAAACAUAACUUCCAAAGGAAAGACAAAAACAUAUGACAAGGCAUUUAUCUCCACUUGCAGUACAACAAUGGGUAACAAGGAGAGACCUCAGUGUGCUGUGGAACUGAAAAUUUCAGCUUCUAACAGAAACGCCACUUGGAGACAACACAUACAACAACAUGUGCACAACAGAGUCGCUUUACCAAAGCUGCAUCUGUUCCUGCAAAUGCUCAACUAGCCUGGUACAAAGUAGAACACGGAGUUGCUUAAUGUAAAAAGCUGCGUACAGUAGCCGAGGAAGUAAUAUUUCCCUCUGCUACUGAUAUCGUUUCAAUAAUGAAGCAACAGUCAGCAAGCUAAAAGACGUUUCCUUUGAAUGGCUGAUGAUUGACUUGUUAAAAAUAAAUUCCAGUGGAGUUUGUAAGUAAAAGAUGUGUGUGUAUGUGUCGGAGUACUAAAGUUAAGUACAGAUAGACGAAUAAUGCAAUUAAGUACACCACUCAAGUAAAUGUACUGCAUCACUAUCCACCCCUGCUCAUGUAAUCAACUAUUCCACAUGGGUUGGCUGACUGAACUACACUAAGUAGCUCAAAGCUGAAACAGGAAGUGGUUCUGUAGACUUUGGGUGAUAAUUAUUCACAGUUCACCUUAGCUUUGAUACCUGAGAAUCACUGGCACCACGGCAGAGUGUUAUUGUGUUGAUUCUUCCAAACAGGCCCCAGGACCAAAGACAUUUACGACACAGUGGAGAUCACCCAGCCUGUGGAGCCUGCAAACAGAAACAUAACCCUUUUGGGUAUUAAGGCUGGUGAUACAUCAAAAAACAAUGUGUCAUUUCCAUAUUUACAUUUAAUAUCACAUUUUAAUUGUUAUAUUCAUUUGUCUUUCAAUUACCGUCUCGGAGAAUUCUAAACAGUGAAGUUCAGAUGUAUCUCAUCAAGCUGAGCCAACACAGAGUAGUGCUUAAUAACGUAGUCCUUCAUGCCAUUGCACUAGUAGAUACAAUAUGAAAUAAGAAAUGAAAUAAGUAUGUAAAUGUAUACUAAUUUUCACAGUUUUUUUCUUCCACUCACUGAUUUGGGCAAAAGUUGCUGGUUUCACCUUGCAAAUCUGGAUGACCAGCAUAUGGUGCUUUAUUGGGUUUAAUCAGACUUUCUUAUUGUUCUAGUCAGAACACCUCUACUUAUUUGCAGUCAAAAUAUGUUAAUCAGUAUCUAUUGUGACGCAGAAUAGUUCAAAGAGUGAGAGUGAGCAUAUGAGACAUUACAGUAUAUUACCAUUAUUGCCGGAUGAGUCAUCCACAGACAUGUCUGCUUACCAUUCCCCCGCCUCACUGUGCCUCAGCCACACAAAGAGUAACUUGCAACUGUAAACUGCCUGAAGAGAGAAAAUGUAUCUGAAGAGAGAAAAUGCAUCUCCCUGAAGGGUAACAGUAAGGAUGAGAAAAUCAUGAAACCAGAAAUCAGAAAACAUGCAACAGAGAGUGAAUGAAAAAAAGGGCAUAAGGUAAAACUGGUUUUGUCAGUUACGAUACUAUCGUCUGACCUCUGAGAAUGAGGAAAACCUUAGACAGAAGGAAGCAGGGAUGAAAAUAUACAGGCUGAAAGAGAUGAAGCAGUAUAAAACCAAAUGUGACGAGGGACAAAGAAAGAGCGAUUGAGGAAUACACACAGAGGAGACCUGCCAAGUUAAGAGAAAAAGUGACUGUGAUACUCCCUAAAUGGAUACAUGCUCAAAAGUACACACUAAUCAGAAAGAUCCAAAUACUCACCAAGUCACACUCAGACCACCACUGUUCACAACCACAGACACUUAAACAAGUCAUCAACGUACUGGCUCUGUACCAGAAAGAGACUGAACAGGACUGGGACCUCAUGUUAGAUCCAGAUCCAGAUCUAUCAUUUGUACUGCUCGGGAAAUAAAGAGCUCCACCUCUGCGCACAUUCCUGAAAUGGACAACAGAAAAGAACUGACGUUUCCUUCCACACUGGCAACUCCUCCCCCACUACCUCCCAAGUCUUACCAGAGGUCACCUAUAUCUGCAAAAACUUUAUGCCAGGGCUCACAGUUGAAAGCUUCUAAAACAGAGAAGAAACCCUUGAACUCACUGGGAUGCCAUGCAACUCCUGUAUUGGGUGGAGUUAAAGGAACCAAUCAAAGCUUGGGUCAUGUGCCUGUGGAAGAACAUGGCAUGCUCAAUAGUAGUAUAGUUGGAAUUUUACCUAAAUUGGAACCAAACAGCCAAACACAGUAUUCUCCAAGACCUCCUCUUAAAUCAGCUAUAAAAACUCCAAGGUCCAAUAACUCAGAAGAAGGAAUUCAUGGAAGCAAACAAGAGGCGGAAUGGAAGGAGCUUAAAGAAAAGUUGAUGGACAAGAAGAACAUACAAGAACAAGAUCUAACUGAGAGAAAUGAGAAGAUGGAAGAGAAUGAAGAAACAUCUCAAACAGAAAACCAUCUGGAUUUAUCAAAACCUCCACAACAGAUGUUAGUAUCAUUUACAGACAAGAAGAAUGGUGGAGAGAAAGGACAGGACAGGGAGAAGGAAGAUCAAGAUCCUGGUAAUAUUGGGUUGACCACUUCUACCAUGACAGAAACUUCAUCCCUGCCUGGGAUGGACAUUACCACAGAUGAAGAAUCUGACUUGGCACCAACUAACAGGAACUGUACAUCUACAGCUUCAUCAAAACCAGAACCAACAAUUCUGCCACACCCUCCUCCAAAGCCACCUCGAAAAUAUCCACCAAAAUUAAACAUCAAAACUCCUCAGUCCAUUGACUCCAUGAAGGCUGGGACAGAAGAGGAGAAGGAGAUGGGAAAGCAGAAUGAUGAACAGUGGAUAGACAAGGACUUGAUGAACAAGGAAAAGGAUGAAAAUGAAGGAGAAGUAAAGGACAGAGAGAAGUUAAAUGGAGAUAAUGAGUCAACCACUUCAAUCAUGACAGAAAUGCCUUUCCAACCAGGAGAAAUAACAAUGAACAUCCCCAAAUCUGCAGUGAAUCAGGUGGUUGAAUGGCCAGCAGAGGGGCGAAGAUUUUGUCUCAUGCCCCCUUGUAGAAACAGAGCAAUGCCAGUAAUCACAACAGAGAACGACGCAGUCAAUUAUGAGUCUCAGAACCCCAGAAAAGAACACCAGAACAAAACAAAUGGACAACUCGGUCCUCUUUCACAAGAGGUUCUUGCUCAGGUCAACCAUUCAGAGACAGACUCAAACAUGGAGACACUCAAAUGGACAGAAAGCACAGAAAUCCAGAUGUCAGGUUUGCAAGGUUCCGUAGGAAUGUCUGAAUUGUCAUCUGGACAUCAGGGAGAGACAGAUGUGAUGGGGGUAAAGUUGGAUCCUUGUCAGUUAGGGUUGAAGAGAUCAGAGGGCACACAGGAAAUUGCUGAGGCACUUCUGGAUGGGCAACUGAAGCACACGAACCAGAAGACCAAUGCAAGGGAAAAGGUGAAACAGUUAGCCAAAAAGGUGAUGAGUAAAUUGAAAGAUGGAAGAGAGGAGAAAAGAAGAACCAAAACAGUUGAGAUGGACAUGGCUGGAGUAAGAGAGAAUGAUAUUGAUGUAACAAAGGAUGUAAGGAGGCACUGGGAGGAAGGUGGGAUAAACGAUGAGGAGAAAUCAGAAGAUUUAGGUGACGAUACUGUGCACCCAUCAGCAGUGACGGAAAGAGAGAACCAUGCUGACCUGAAGGAGGAGGGGAUUAAAAGAAGAAAUGCAACAUCAGAAAGUCCUUUCAGCUCCUUCAAGGUCUACAGUUCAGUGAACCUGAUGGAGGAGCUUCUGUCAGGUGAUGAAUGGUCACAGUUCCUGUACAGAGACAUGAGCUCUGGACAUGACCCACCUUCAUGUCAGUCACACUCAGGGGACACAGGACAGCUCAGUGAGAACUUUCAGUUUAACUCUAGUACUGAACUCACACCAGAUGUGUUUGACGGCACCCCUGCUGUCCUAGAGGAACCUAUCUAUGAGCCUAUCAGCCUGUCAAAUAUUGUUACAGAAGAAAGCCAAACACAUGGAAAACAAGAGAUGGACAGAGUACCUGUCAUACCAAAGAUAUUACUGGAUGAAGAAACAAAUCAGAUGAGCCCCAGGACCAAAGACAUUUACGACACAGUGGAGAUCACCCAGCCUGUGGAGCCUGCAAACGCAUACAUGAACAUUUUUGAUAUUAAGUCUCAGGGGGUUUUAGACAACGAAGUUAAGAAGUAUCUCAUCAAGUUGAGCAAGAAGAGGAAACACAGAGCAGCACGGAAACGUUGUUGCUUUCGCAGACAUGUUGAGACAUCCAGCCAGUCUUCUUCCUCCACCUCUUCACAACAAGUCUUCCCUGCCUCCAUCUUCUACAACAUCCCAGCUUCAGGAGGAGAGGAGCAGCUCUUAACAGUCAAGUCUGGGGGAAGCAGCCCCAGAAGUCUGGCCAAGAUAAAGAUGGCUUUGAAGGAUAAGACCAUGCUGAGAGCAGCACGGCCAAAGGAAGACAGAGGAAAGUAGAGGAUGCUUCUUUGAUUUUAUUCACGUGUUCGAUAUUAACAUCAAUUUUUGUAAAAAAAAAAAAAAAAAACAUCCCCCGCCACCCCUCUUU